UAUAGAUAGUAGUUGCUACAUGCACAAACAAAUUUUAUUAUUAUCUGUGAAAUUAUUAAAUAAGUAUUACUAAUAAAAAUAUAAAUAAGUUUAAUUGUGUGUUGGAAACAAGGAAGAUUUUAUUUUAUUCACAAUGAAAACCGCCAUUUGUCUUUUUGUCCUGAUGUCAUUCAACGCUCAACUUUUUGCCAGACCGCAAGACCCAUCACAAGCCGUUAUAACAAAAUACGACUAUCAGAAUAACGACGAUGGUGGAUACUCAUACGCUUGGACAACUUCAGAUGGAAUUACGCGUGAAGAAAUUGCUGAAGUAAUGAAUGCUGGCACUGAUAAUGAAUUUUUACUUGUGCGUGGUUUCUACGGUUAUACUGGACCAGAUGGUCAAGAGUAUCGAGUGGGAUACACUUCACAUCCUGACCAUGGUUUUGAAGCUGAAGGAGAACAUUUGGGGAAAGCUGCUGCCACUCAUAAUAGAGGCCCAGUUUUGGGCAUUCCUUCUGCUGCUUUGGCAUCGCUCUCUGGUGGUGGGCUUGGGAAAUAAAAGAAAAUAGAAUUUAUUUUGAAAUAUAAGUUGAUUUAGAAUAGU